AUGUCUGAAGGCGCCAGCUUCGGCCUGUCGGCGGAGGAGGCCGAGAAGGAGCUGCGGGAAUUGUUGCGCCUGCGCUGCAAGGCGUCCCUGGUGAACGCGGUGGGGGACGCGAUGCAGGGGAACAGCGCGUCCGCCAUGUCCGAGAUGCUGAGGCUGGAGCAGCUCGCCGUCUUCGCGGACGAGGCUGGCAAGCUGGACUUGGUAAGCGACUGGGAGGUCGACCCGGGCAUGAGGCAGCGGCUGCUGGACAUGUAUGCGAAGACGGGCGGGGAGCAGCCGCGCGACGUGAAGCUGUUGGAGCGGAUUUUGGGAUUGGUUCCAGUUCCCGCUGAGUCAUAG